AUGGAUGACCCAAGUGACCUUUCCAGACCUGUCUCCCCUGCUGAAUCAAUUGCCUCAUCUGAUGCUUUCAGCCAAUGUGAUGGGGAGCGUAGUACUACCAGUUCCAGAGGUGGUUCUAGCUCUACAUGUUUAGAGACCUUAUUGAGUCGUGAGGCUUCUUUUUGCCUGAUUGCAAGGGCAUCUCCAUCUGAAUCUGAGAUUGAAGACAUUCUAAAGACCUUUGAGCUGCCUUUGGUACAAGUGGAUUCAGCUAAAGCUGUCUUGGAGCGAAGUGACGUCUCAAUCUGCAUCAUAAAUGAGUUUGAUGCCAGCAACUCCACCUUUGCCACUCUUGCUGCUGCUUGUCCAGAUCGAAAAACAGACACUAUUCCACCUCAUUGUGAAGUGCGGGUAGUGAGCCCCCUGGGUUUGAGAGAAUUGUUAAGCUUGUAUGAUGGAAAGCAGGCACUUCAAGAAUUGCUUCUUCUCAAGCGACCAAUGUACAACUUACGUCUUCGCAAGAUGAAGUUCUGCUUUGCCUCCUUCUGGAACAAGAAUUUUUUGACUCAUUGUUAUACACGUGUACACCGGAUGAGUGGGAGUGUGGUCCGUCGCCCUGAUCGCUUCACCACUCAUCUUAUUGCCAACAUGGCCCUUGGACCCAAGUAUGAAUAUUGCUCCCUCUUUGGCAUUCCCCUCCUCAAGCCUGGAUAUAUUGAGCACCUAUGGGAAAACCGUGACAACCCUCAAGUGAAGCCAGAUGACCCUGAACUUCUGAAAGAGUUUCGUGCACCAGCAUUCUACCACCUCCAUGUGGCCUUCUUUGGAUUUUCAACUGAAGAGAAGCAGGAGCUAAAUGAGUGCCUCAAGAGGUGUGGUGGGAUCCCGGCUGAACCAUGCUUUGACCACCUACGUUUCCUUGUUGUCAAGAACAGUGCGGCAUCAGAAGGAUUGCCAGAGGGCAUGGUGAAGACUGCUCAUGUCGUCACAGAACAGUGGUUCUGGGAGAGCAUGAAGGAUGAUGUUGCACUUCCACCUGCAGAAUACCUCUUCAAACCUCGGGUACACCCAGCUCGUAGAGCUCCACCUGAGGCACCAGCAAUGGUACUUUCGCCUCGGCGGAGAUCCCGUGACCGGCGGAGUAGCUUGAAGCGGAAACGGGACAAGGAAGAAGCACUGCCUCCUGCUGAACCUCAGACAACACAACAGGAGAGUAUACGAAUGACACGCAAGAUGAGCAAGAGCCGUUCGACUGUGACCACCUCCUCUGAAGGGGAGACAUUAAAUUCUACUGUCAAAUCUGGAGAUUUUGACUUCAGCCGGGACUCCCUCGGCAUGACCAUUGAUGGCUCCCCUGCAGAUGAUGUGUUCCUAGAGAGUCCAUCCCCACGCAAGGAGCCAAAGCUUACCUCGAGACACCAAGUGUUUCUGGAGCUCUUACAGACCGAGAAGAACUAUGUCAACGUCCUCGACAUGAUCCUGAAGGCACGUGUGGAGUGGGAGGAUUUGGACCCUAACCAUGCCAUCAUGGAGAAGAGAAUCCUUGAUAUGAUGUUCGGAAACAUUCAACCCAUUCGUAAUCUCCACGCUCACCUCCAGGCCGACUUUGAGGCUCUGGCUGCUCAAUGGAACGAGAAAGCUCUCAUUGGGGACAAGAUCCUUCAAAAGUGCCACUCGGGCGUCCUCGUGAGCAUCUACAAGAAAUACGUGAAGGACUUCGAGGAGCAGAAACGACUAAUCCAUAACAUCUCUGCCUCCAACUCCAGGUUCUAUGGGUUUCUGCGAUCGAUGCAGGGGAAGCAGGAGUACGGUCGGCAGAGCCUCGAGGACCUCCUCAUCCGUCCCGUCCAGCGUCUUCCGUCCGUCAUGCUACUCCUCAAAGAUUUGCGAAAGCACACCCCGGUGACAUUUGAGGACCAUGCAUCCCUGGGGAAGGCCAUGGAGGCUCUUGACCUUUCCCUUCAUGACAUCAAUGAGGAGAGGCGUCUCUUUGACCAGAAGGUUGAGCUAAUACACAAGUUCAACAGGAUAGAAAACUGUCCUGCUGACCUGAUAUCAUAUCUAACAAGGAGUUAUGUUGGGGAAUACAAUGUCAUUGACCUCAACAAUGCAACUGGCAAGAAAGGAGAUCCUAUGACUCUUUUCAUAUUCACUGAUGUUAUUUUGGUUUGUAAGCGUCGGUCAAGCAAGACACCAGGGAGCCUGUUCCGCAGUCCAAGCACGAUGAGUCUCUCUGGAGUAGGUGGAACAUUAGAAAAGGAGAAGCUCCCUCCUGGUUCCAGUGGGGUUGGUGGAUCAAAGCCUUACAAGUUCAUCUCAUGCCUUGAGAUCCGAUACAUUCGCCAACUCAUCGAUAUCCACCACUCCAGUCCUACUGAUUCCAAUGAAUCCAUCUCUGGUGCCAUGGUGGACGAUGCAUUCGCCCUGAAAAUCCGUCGAGACGGGGAGCUCCGAGAGACUCUUUAUGUCUUCCAAUUGAUGGAAGAUCGCUGGGACGCCAAAGAUGAGCUGCUCAAAAUCAUCAAGGCUCGACUGGCUGCGGAACUGUGCCUUCCUAACCCCAGCUGCAUCACCAUCACCACGGACUGGGAACACCUCGGCCUCGGCAACGAGGCUUCGAACACCAGCAUCAUGACUGAAUUCAGACGACUCUCCCGGGCAGCCCGGAAGUUCUCAUUCAAGUCUCCUAUGAAGCGUGUUCAGUCUUCCAUCCUUCACUCUCCUUCUAUAGGAGAGGGUACGCUAGCGCGUGGGACUCGCCUCAUGUCAUCGCCAGACAAAUUCAAGAUGCACAAGUAUGGGAUGUCAACAGCUAGCCUGAUGGUUGGACGGAGCAAUUCAACACCCAGCAGCUCCCUCACCCUCCGCAAGAUGACUUCCAGCCUCAGCAAAUACACGUUCGGCUUUGCACGCAAGGGUGAAAAACAUUGA